UGUUUGCUGAAUUAGUUCACCGGAUUAGCUUCACGUAGCUCAAAGUAACCACUGGGUUAGCUCGUAGAUUGUGUUUUCGAAUGUAUUUCGGUCAUAGACAUAGGUUGUGCUUUUAGUGUACCUCAGGUCAGGAAGAAAUAAUAAUAAUAAAAUAAUUCCAGCAAUAACAUUAGGCAGUUUUAUUUACCCGAAUGCAUAUGUUGCACACAAUGAUUAAGGCGUCUAACCCACACUUUAGGGGUAAAAUUUCUUCUGUUUUAGAGGAGUUGUUGGCAGCAGCAGUGACGGAAAUCUGCGAGCUAUUUGAUAAUGAAUUUGCUACUUUACGUGCGGAAUGUCCAAGAUGCAAGCAUACUAAGGAAGUCGAAAAGAGAACACACUCAACACCACAGCGUAACCGUUCUUAUGAGAAUGUCCAGAGGUUCACUACCAGAGACGAGGAUCUUCAGAGAGGUAGCAGUCGAGGAGAAUUUGAACGGGAUACAAAUGGAGACGUGGGAAGUAAUCACACCAUACCACAGUGCUGCCAGUGGGACGUCGGUACUAGCAAUGACCAACCCAAACAUGCUAGUAAAGAAAUGGGUACAAAGAUGGACUUCGUGUCUGUCAAACAGGAAGUUGUGGAAGAGUCUGAACUCUCUCAGAGAGAAGAGCAGAAUGGACAGGAGGGAAUGGCUGGUUCAGAUAUUACCCUGCCUGAUUCUAAUCUGGAUUUGAGCACAUUACUGUCCCCCCAGACAGGACCAGAAUGGGCCCCUCCUGAGCAAUUUAUUUACCGUGACAGCAACUGUGACCCAAAGGUUGAAUCAGAGAAUGGCCAUUCCAGUUCUGUAAACAAGGACAAAGUAGGUGAAAAUGGAGGGCAUGAAAGUAUAGACUAUUACCACGAACAGCAGAAGCUGAGCACGUGGAACAGUGACAUGUCAGCUGGUAUAUACCCUGCACCCCAACUAAAUCCCAUGCAACACAGAGACUGUAGUAGAGAUGGGCAAGAAGAGGUACAGACAGAGGAAGUGGAACUUGGGAAUACACACCUCACACACUGGACAGUGUCUUCACCAAGGAAUCAGUCGCAUCUGCACAAGCAGUGGCCAAUGCGCAGAAAACCAUCUGUGCCUGUGAGUGCGUUCAACAUGUGUCUCUCAGGUGCUGUAUCCUUAGACAUGAGGGCUGAUGGUUCUGGGAAUCAACUGAACAUGCCUUUGACUAUCACAGCGGAGCAGGAGAAGAAAUUCACCUGCCUGUUAUGUGGGAAGAGACUCCUGUCCGAGCAGACCCUGAAAUCUCACCAGAAGAUUCACACAGGAUAUGCACCACAUCAGUGCAACCAGUGCGGCAAGAGGUUUUCUCGACUCGAGAACCUCAAGGUGCACCAGAACAUCCACACAGGACUCAAACCAUACACUUGCAAAUUCUGUCUGAAGAAAUUCAAUGCUCCAAGCAACUUCAGCCGACAUAAACAUGCUUGUCUGAAGAGAAAGCUAGCUCUAUUCAGUUCGUAAAAACAUAUUUACAUUGGGGUUAGGCUCAGGUAGGGUUGGGCGAUAUGACGGUAUAUAGCGUGCAACUGUAGAAAUGUGUCUACCGGUAGAGAUUUGGCAAUACCGUUUCAAACGCGGGAGACUCUUAUUUUGAAAUAUUUUUCCACAGUAGUUGCAUGUUGCCACUGAACUAUACAUUAUCCCGCUAUUAUACGGUUACUUGCCAAAACGAUAUAAGACAUUCCUCCAAAAUACCUCUUUAAUGAUUUUGUUGCCGUUUCAUUUUUUCCGCUUUUCCCAAAAAAUAGAUCUUCAGGCAAAUAGAACUUUAAAGUUUCAGGUGUUGCGUAGCAACCCAUUACUUGCUGACUUCAAGUUACAACUUUACGUUACGUUAAAUGACUGGACUACUUGUGGAAUGAUA